GAUGAUUUUACAUUGUCAUAUGUUGUAUUUUCUGCAGGACGCCAGCACAUUUUUUGAAACAUCACCAAUGUUUUUAAGGAGUCAAGUGUUUUAAGCAAGGCAUUAAUGCUUUAAUUAACAAACAAAAGGGCAAACAACUCUAAAGCCAUGUAAAUGACCUUCACUAAUAGUGAUAUUUGUAGAAUUUAAUUAUUUCAAUUUUUUAAUGCAAAAAUCUACAUAUCCACACAACUAGUUUUUGCCAAUAUAACUGAUGGCCUCACUGAGCUGACAGAAAACUUGGAGAUGGAGACCAAUCAAAUUAUAAAGAGAGCACGUUCCACCAAUGGUAGAAAGUAGAGCCCCCAGGCACCAGAGGUGCAUCUGCUGAACAUAGACAAGAGGAAAGUUCCAGCAUGAAACAAACAUUCUGCCUGUCUCACUGACUCCUCUCUCCUUGGUCUUUUACUCAAGUGUCCAAAACUGACUCCAAACAGCUGCACGCUUUGCUUCUCCCCUCUCAGAUUAUGAACGGUUUAUUUAGCUUCAAACUGCUAAGAUGAAACUCCAAUCUCUUAUCACUCUCCUGACUUUAGUCUGUUAUUCCCAAUGCCAAGAACCUACGUAUCCUGUCUUUGACAUCCUUAAAGAACUUCGAUUGUCAACAGCCACCAAUGAGAACAUAGUUACGGGUUCAAAUCUUGAUCUGACUGCAUUUCGCGUGAACCCGGCAAUACAAUUAAAGAAAGAGAGUUCUUUCCCUUUAGAUGGGUUGCCCUCAGAUUAUUCCAUUCUUACGACCUUUAAGGUACUGACAGAUGCACCUUCAGCUGUUAUGAAUCUAUGGCAAAUUAUAGACUCCAAUGAAAAACAAAAAGUCGGACUUCAGUUCCAUAAUGAUACAAAGUCUUUGAUUUUUUUCUACACAAUGCCAGAAAGAACUCUUUUCUUUAAGUCACACAUUAAUGUAAACAAUCUUAUUGAUGGCAACUGGCAUAAAUUGUCAUUGAGUGUGAAAGGCAAUGACGCUAAAGUGAUUUUGGACUGCCAAGAUGUCAGCACAGUUGCCAUGAUGGAACCAAAGAGCAAUAAACGCAACCAGUGGAGGUCACUGAUUAAGCGAGACACAGAUGCCUCAUUGGUUGACCUCCAGCAGCUUGAAAUACACUGUGACCCACAAAAAGCUACAUCUGAAGAAUGUUGUGAGUUGUCUGAUCAGUGUGGAGGUGCAGCAGAGAUGGCUCUUGGUUCAAGUCCUCCGAAAUGUAAAUGCUCCCAUGGACUUAUAGGUCGUCUGGGGGCUACAGGUCCAAAGGGUCAGAAAGGACAUGAUGGGCAACGAGGAGUACCUGGUAGAAUAGGAAAUUUGGGGCCUCGAGGUAACCCAGGAGCAUAUGGCCGGAUUGGGGACCCUGGACUAAAAGGGGAGAAAGGAAUUAAAGGGGAGAAAGGAGCAAGGGGCCUUUAUGGUGAAAGGGGUGAUCGUGGGGAUCUGGGCUUCAAAGGAUUACAAGGGGCAGAUGGUUCUAAAGGUGUUGCAGGCUCACCAGGGAACAGGGGGCCAACUGGGCCUAAAGGAGCGAAGGGAGAAGAAGGAGAGGCUGGAUCUGAAGGAAUCGCAGGGUUCAUAGGAGUGAAGGGUGAUGAUGGCUACCGAGGAAAGGAUGGGCCCCGUGGCAGACAAGGGAAAAAGGGACUUGUUGGUGACCCAGGUGAUCCUGGAAUCGUUGCCCUAAAAGGCAUGCCAGGUGUGCCUGGUUCAAAGGGAAGGAGUGGUACACAAGGUCCACAGGGAAUAGUUGGAGACCCUGGUUUACCUGGUAGAGAUGGUGAUGAUGGAAUUGAAGCAAAUCAGGGACGUCAAGGACGCCAUGGAAAACCUGGAAUUUUGGGAGAAAAGGGGGAGAAAGGAAUCAUUGGACAGCGUGGGCCUGAGGGUCAGCGAGGAAGACCUGGACCUCCAGGACCCAAAGGUGAAGCUGGACAACCUGGCAGGCCAGGAUUUAUUGGACCACCUGGUGAGGCUGGUCAUGUUGGUCUCCCUGGUGCCCCAGGACAAAAGGGCAGUACUGGAGUCCAAGGAAUUAAGGGCAAGGAAGGAGAGAAGGGUGAGAAAGGAUUGAAAGGACCAAAAGGAAAUGCUGGUGACAUAGGCCCAAGAGGUCCUGAAGGAUUUCAGGGUAAAAGAGGGCCAGCAGGAGAAGAUGGAGCUCGUGGCAGACAAGGAGAACAAGGAGAUCCUGGUGAUCCUGGCAUUCCUGGAGUAAUUGGACCUUUGGGUUCUAGAGGACCAUCUUUUCCAGCGUCUCAUGUAAUAGAAGUGUGCAGAAAGGUUGUUCUUGAACAGAUGUCUUCAUAUGCACAAGCUGUAAGGCGACAGUGUUCCAGUGCUUGCCCAUUGUAUGGUGAAGUACCCAUGGGAGCACCAGGACCAGUGGGAUUGCCUGGACCUCCAGGAAAACAAGGUAAACCUGGCCUGAAUGGGCUUGAAGGCGAAACUGGACCAGAGGGAUUUUAUGGUGAAGCUGGAGAUCCAGGAAAACAAGGAGAAAAAGGUGAAUCUGGAAAUAAAGGAGACAAAGGACCAAGAGGAUAUGGCCUAGUUGGAUUUGAGGGGGAUCAAGGUCCUAUCGGUGAAAGAGGCAAGCCUGGACAAGCGUUCGAUGGACAGCCUGGUUUAAUGGGCCCUAGAGGCCACAGGGGACAACUUGGGUUAAGAGGUUAUGCGGGUCUCCGUGGACCACCAGGUCUGUGUGUCACAACAGGAUGUCAAUCAAACCAGGGACAACAGAGACCAUAAUGCACCGAACUGAUAUUGUUCUUCAAUUUUAAAAAACAGUUUUUUAACAUCAAGUGGUCAAUUCACUCCGUUAUCUCACGUGGUACAUGGAUAACAUCCACUGCUGUCCUUGAUCUGUCCUUGAUCUGGUGCCUACUUAACUUUUAAAUGCACCAUAAAGCUAGUUCUCAGUUCGGCCUAGUUCUCUUUGCUGUGAAUGUUACCUGUGUGUGUAUAGGAGAGCUAUGUGUGAGCAUGAUGUUUUACUAUUUCAGUUCAUGUUUAUUGUCAUUGUGCCACUGUAUUUACAUUCACCCUCUAUAAAAUAAUCAAGGUUGUUUUUGAUCAGAGGCAGAGCUAUUAAACAACUUCAAGAUACACAAAGAUAAACAAAAUCAGAACUUGUGUGCAGAUCACUUGUUUUGUAUUGAAACUGCAAAGGAUCCACCAGCUCUCCUUUUACUUCUGAGAGUCCAAGUUGAUCUGCUGUCUCUAGACAAGAGCUAAUGUGAUGACACAUUCCUAAACAAGGUGUUCCCUUAGAUCUGCUCAAGUGACUAAGUCUGUGAGCACUGUCUGAUACUUUGUAUCUUUAAAAAAAAUGAAAAAUCCCAUAUUAUUUAUUAAAAGAGAAACCCAAUGAGCAUGCUGUCAGAAUCAUGGUUAGCUGUUUCCAGUAACCAGUUACUUUAAUUUAGCAAAAUAUGUUACUUAUGAACCCCCAAAAUACAAUGUUGCAGGAUUUUGGUGUUUUUAAAGAAUAAAUUGUAAUGUUUUGAUGUCAACUAAAACAAUAAAGUAUAAUAACACUUUA